AUGGUUGAUGCGAUCGCAGACGACUUUAAACAGCUUGUUGAAGACUUAGAGGCAGCUGCUAAACUUCCAAAAAGAGGCAAGGCCUACAAAACCAUUUGCCAAAUCUCUAACUGCGAAAAGAAAGUGUCAAGCUGGAAAUUUAACGAAUGGGAUUACGGCAAGAACAACAUACGCUUACCAGUAAAUGCGCGUGGCUUGUUCAUCUUGGAGCACUCUCAAAAGCCGAGGAUUGUUGUUCGUGGGUACGAUAAAUUCUUCAAUAUCGAUGAGGUAGCGUCCACCUCAUGGAGCUGGCUGACUUCUAACACAGUAGGUCCCUACGAGGUCACUGUUAAAGAAAAUGGGUGUAUUAUCUUUAUUUCGAGUUUGGAGGAUGGAACUUUGGUCGUGUGCUCAAAACAUUCAACUGGAUCUAGGGACGAUACCGAUCGAAACCAUUCGGUUGCAGGCGAAAAGUUUUUGAUGAAGCAGCUUCAAGCCAGUGGAAUCGAUCCCAAGACCCUAGGUUUGGAGCUUUACCAUAUGAACGCUACGGCUGUGGCAGAAUAUUGUGACGAUAGCUUCGAAGAGCACAUUCUCGAGUACACCAAAGACGCAGCAGGACUUUACAUCCACGGUAUUAAUCAAAAUGAGCGUAUCUUCAAAACCAUGCCAAUGCACGAGGUGAACAAUUUUGCUGAGAGGUACGGCUUCAAGAAAAUCGAACAUUUUACUCAUUCGGAUAUUACAAGCCUUCGCAAGUUCUUGGAGGAAUGCGCAAAUGUGGGGACAUUUAGAGACAAGGAAAUUGAAGGAUUCGUGAUAAGAUGCAAAAAGGUCGAUGGUAAAACCUUCUUUUUUAAGUUCAAGUUCGAAGAACCUUACCUAAUGUACCGCCAAUGGAGAGAAGCAACGAAGAAAUACAUCGCGACCAAGUCCCGAGUGUUUAGCUUCAGGAAGCAUAGGUUUAUUACAAACAAAUAUUUGGACUUUGUCAUUCCUCUACUGGACGCAGACCCCAAGCUUUGUGACGACUACAUGAAAGACUUCGGGAUAAUAAAACUGCGCAAGAUGUUCCUACUCGAUUUUGGAUUGACUGGAGUGGAAAUUCUGAACAGCGAGAAAAUCAAAAAUUUGGAAGCCCAGAACGCCAUUGAUUAUCAAGUAGUUGACGAGAACACCAAGUUUCUCUUCAUUCCAAUAGCUACCAUCGGUUGUGGUAAGACAACAACAGCGCUGACUUUGACUUACCUUUAUCCAGAGUCGUGGGGUCAUGUACAGAACGACGACAUUACCGGGAGAGACAAGUCAUUAUUGAUGAAAAAAUCACUGGAGCUUCUUGGCCAAGAACAUGUGAAGGCGGUCAUUGUGGAUAGAAAUAAUCAUCAGUUUAGAGAGCGGAAGCAGCUAUUUGAAUGGUUCGCGGAUUUGAAGGAAAAAUACAUGCCUUAUGACUGCAACGUCAAAAUUAUUGCUUUGUCCUUCCUUCCCUACGAGGAUAUAGAAGAAACGUCGAAGCUCACAAUCAGGAGAGUUCUAGCACGGGGAGACCGGCACCAAAGCAUCAAGGUGAAGACAGAUGGAGAAAAAAAGGUUUUGGGCAUAAUGAAGGGCUUUUUGAACAGAUACCAACCGGUGAUCGUAGACCAGGAGCCUGAUAGCAUGUUUGAUCGUGUAAUAACUUUGAAUGUGCGAGAGAAAAACUCCUCUUUGGCCAAUGUGCAAGAGAUUCUUCGUGUAUUACACGAUCACUAUCCAAUUCUGGUUCCUGAGAUACCAUUGGUAGAAAAGAUACGUUCCGCGUUCGAAAAGAGCCUCCUUUACGAACCUAAAAUCACCAAGGUAGUAGGAGGAGGGAAGAAGCACAACAAGGAAAGUCUCAAACUCAAACCCGUAUACUUCUCCGCCGAAAUUCCUGACUCUAAGGUAUUUUUGAAGUACAUCCGUGGUCUGUGCCUCGAACAAAAGGGAUCUCUUGAUAUCUCAGCGGUUCUUGAGGGUUUGCAGGAUAACACUGCGCUUCGAAAAAUGCAUAUUACACUGAGCCAUGUUGGCAGUGGCAAAAAGGGCAGCAAAAAACAGCGAGAUAUGUGGUGCGAAUUUAACAAGCGAUACUCUGACACCUUGAUCAAGUUGGGGGCAUCAACGGCGCAACAGACUGCUAGAAUACAAACCAACGAUAAAGUCCUAUUUCGAAUUAUAAAAUUGUUGUGGGACGAGAACAUCAUCACAGCGUUGGCUGAAGUUGCAGACGAAUGUAUAACAGAUGGCGAAUCGGGUGAGAUUGUUCGUCACCUAGGAUGUGCAAACGAUUACGCACACAUAACGCUCGCACUUUUACAACCAGGCGUGAAACCAUUUUAUUCCAACGUUCUGUGCCAAGCGAUGAGCGAAAACCAUGGCUUCCAAGAAGGACAUUUCGCGGACGGAACAAAUUGCUUAGAACUGGGAAACACCGCCAGUAUGGACGCCCACCUCUGCAUAAAUUUAUAA